AAUAAAUAACGAUGAAUCAGGCGAUCAUUUAGUCACCUACAGCGGGCAUGGUAUUGUCAGGAUUGGCUUGGAGCCAGCAUAAAGCCGGAAAGGACCCAUUAACUCAACCGGGACUGGCAGCCAGAGCAACCGUGGAUGUUCGGUGUAGUGAAUACGGACCUGAUGACAGCGUCCUGCUCUUGAUAUCCCGGAGAAAAGAAAUCAGGGAGACACGGUGCUGGAACUACUAACACAUAUCUGGUGGAUUAUUUCUAACAAUAUAUCUGAGAUUUAUCGUCCAGAAUAUGUGCAUUCACGCCAUUCAUUAGCUGUUUUUGUCUUUAAAAAAAAUGUAAUUCUCAAAUCCACGGCGCAGUGCUCAUGAGAUGAGCCUACUUGGUGGCUAUAAGAAAAAGCCAUGCAGUUAUGAUGGCUAUGAAUCUUUACAGUUGGUCGAUAACAGCGGAGGCUUCAAUAACGGAGGAGGGAGACGCAGCGGAAUCGGCUUGGCAUCAACAGCAACCCUAGGAGGACCGAAGGCAGGCCCACUGCGGGAGAACGACUGCAGCACCAUGGACAGCUCAGGUCCUCCAUCUCCAGAUAUGGACGCAAACUAUGGCGGAGGCCUGCUGGACAUGGUGAAGGGCGGAGCCGGCAAAUUCUUCAGCAACUUCAAGGAUAACCUGAAGGACACUCUAAAGGACACCUCCACCAAAGUCAUGCACCAGGUGGCCACAUACACAAAAGGAGAGCUGGACAUUGCCUACAUUACAUCACGAAUCAUAGUGAUGUCAUAUCCUGCAGAGGCAUUGCAGAUCGGCAACCAGAACCAUGUGGAGGAUAUGCGCUCCUUUCUGGACUCACGGCACGCUGACCACUACACUGUCUUCAACCUGUCACAGCGCAACUACCGAGGCGCAAAGUUCUCCAACCGGGUCUCAGAGUGUAACUGGCCAUCCCGCCAGGCUCCCAGCCUGCACAACCUAUUUGCGGUGUGUAAGAACAUGCACAACUGGCUCAAACAGAACCCCAAGAAUGUGUGUGUCAUCACCUGCUCGGACGGCCGUGCUCCGUCGGGUGUGCUGGUCUGUGCCAUGUUCUGCUUCUGCCACCUCUUCUCCAACCCAGUGCCCGCCAUGCAGCUGCUCAGCGCCAAGAGACCCGGCUCUGGCCUCUGGCCCUCGCACCGGAGGUACAUAGGCUAUGUGUGCAGUAUGGUAUCAGAGAAGCCCUCCCUGCCACACUCCAAGCCCCUGGUGGUCAAGGCAGUCACCAUGAGUCCAGUACCUUGCUUCAACAAACAACGCAUCGGCUGCAGACCCUUCUCUGAGAUCCUCAUAGGGGAGACCAAGAUCUUCUCUACUGCACAGGACUAUGAGAGGAUGAGAGAGCACAGGGUCCAGGAGGGGAAGGUUGUCUUCCCUCUAGGUGUGAAUGUCCAGGGUGAUGUGGUCAUUUCUGUCUAUCAUAUGAGGAACACCAUCGGAGGACGACUGCAGGCCAAGGUACAGUGUCCAAACACCCAGAUAUUCCAGAUCCAGUUCCACACAGGCUUCAUUGCUCCAGGGACCACUGUGUUAAAGUUUACGAAGCCGGAGCUGGAUGCGUGUGACUCUCCAGAGAAGUACCCUCAGUUGUUCCAUGUGUUGGUGGACAUCGAGGUGGAGAGCACUGACAAGCAGAAGGACCUGACCCCUCCCUGGGAACAGUUCCCUAAUAAAGACCUCAUCCCCAACGUACUGUUCUCCUGUCACCAGGAACACCAGGACGCACUGGCCAUAGCAGAUGAGAUGGAGGGACUGGACUUGGAGGAGCCAAGCCGGUCCCAAGGCGGUCUGGACGGUCGUCCUCACGGGGAGGACAGCGAGCCGUCUGAUGACGAGAUGCUGUCCCUUUCCAGCCAGCAAAGCCAUGCUAGCGAAGAGAGACCUGGAGGGGCUCAGACGGGUACCAGGGGCCCCAAGAGACCCGAGCAGCCCCACGCCCCCCCCGCUGCUCCUCCUCCUCCCCCAGAAGAGGUGGACCUCCUGGGCCUGGAUGGGGUGGCAGUGAACACCCCAUGCCCCUCGCCCCAGCCCCCGACCACCAACACCACCACGGACCUCCUGGGGGACCUGUUUGGGGCAUCCCCCCAGACAGGGAGUGGGCCCACUUCGGCCCAGUCCACCCCACAGAAAAUAGCCCCUGCCUCCACCCUCCCCUGCCCCUAUCCAGCGUUGGACCCGUUUGGGGCGGGUCCGAUGCCCAAGCCCCAGGAGCUGAUGGGGUCCUUCCUGGGUCCAGCAGGUCACAGCUCCCCAGUACCACCCACCACCCCUGUUGUCACCAUUCAGCAGCCUCCCAACGCCAUGGGAGGAUGGGACUGGAACAAACCUGCAGCUCCAGGUGGUUUCAGUAAGGGCAGCAAGUCAGCCAGUACCAGUCCUACUGGGUCGGUCAACAGCACUCCCACACACCAGGCCAAACCCAACACUCUGGACCCCUUUGCUGACAUCGGAAACCUUGGGGGAAGUCUGGGAGGAGGAUCUGGGUUCUCCAGUAAGCCCACCACCCCUACAGGCACCACCCCUGCCUUCCCCCCCAUGGGCUCCCCCUCACGGCCUCCUCCCUCGCCCCAGCAUGGUGGGGGCUGGCAGGCCAACACAGGCCUCCCCUCCUGGAAGCCCGGUGGUGGUGGUGUUGGAGGGCAGCCAGGGUGGCAGCCCCAACCUCAGGGUCAGGGUGGUCCAUCCCCACAGGCCAAGCCCAGCACCAGCCACUCCAUGCCCCACACCUCCCCCUCCAACAGACCCAACUACAACAUCAGCUUCUCUGCCAUGGGAGGAGGAGCUGCUCCCAAUGCAGCCGGGAAACAACAGCCCAACAUGGGUACCAAGCCCAAAGUUGCAAUGGCUAACUUUGAUGACCUGCUGUCUGGCCAAAGCUUUGCUGGAGCCAAAAAGAAGGAAGGUCCCAGGACAAUAGCAGAGAUGAGAAAGGACGAGAUGGCUAAAGAGAUGGACCCCGAGAAACUCAAGAUUCUGGACUGGAUCGAGGGGAAGGAGCGUAACAUCCGGGCCCUGCUGUCCACCAUGCACACGGUGCUGUGGGAGGGGGAGACCCGCUGGAAGCCUGUAGGCAUGGCUGACCUGGUGACCCCAGAGCAGGUCAAGAAGGUCUACCGUAAAGCUGUGCUGGUGGUCCAUCCAGACAAGGCCACUGGACAGCCCUAUGAACAAUAUGCCAAGAUGAUUUUUAUGGAACUGAAUGAUGCCUGGUCAGAAUUUGACAGCCAAGGACAAAAAGCACUCUACUGAGCUGAGAGAGAGAAAGAGUUCCUGCCGACCCCCUGUGAUCAAUCAUCAAGCCCCUACCGGAUCUGACUCCCCACUCCUUCUCUUCUUGUCACUGUCCUGUGGACUCUACUCCAUAGAGACUUCAAUAGCCAGACUAACAGAAAGAUACCUGCCUACCCACCUACCUAUGUAUCUGGUGGCAGUACUGUCCAACUGUCCAACAAGAACUGUUCAACCCUGUCCUACAUUUCCGAGUCUUGAACCAAGCAAAGAGUCCUGAACCAAUUAAUGCAGUCAUCCAGCUGUCUAUGGAGACAUCGCCAGAGUGAUACUGUCCACCUAACACCUGACAUAGGUGAUAAUGACAUACCUGUGGUCACAGUGUUGUUAGCCAGGUGCUAUAUAAAGCAAGACGAUGCCAAUGUUUUACACACAGUAGCAUUAACACAGUGUUCCUGUCAGUCACCUGUCAAGACGAUGACAAUGUUUUACACACAGUAGCAUUAACACAGUGUUCCUGUCAGUCACCUGUCAAGACGAUGACAAUGUUUUACACACAGUAGCAUUACCACAGUGUUCCUGUCACAGUCACCUGUGUGACUUUGAAGUGAAGAUCUAGAGCCAGUGUUGGGAGUGGAUGGCCUAUUCAAUUAGGCACUGGUACAGUGGUACACUGACUGUAAGGUCUAUACACCACAGUGAUCUCAGAAAUACCAUGUCAAAUCAUUUAUAUAGAGCAAUCUCACGGAGUUUCCACCUGAGUUGUCUAUCUUCAUGGAAAAGCUACUGUUAUCUAUGUUAUUUCAACGACCAAUUUAGAUCAAUGUGCUUCCACAGAACUCCACAGAAGAGUUCUAGGAGACAACAAGCCAGGGGUAACAUGUUUACGUUCUGACAACAACCUGGAGACUCAACUUGACAUACAGAUAGUAGGUGAUGGUAGGCAGGAUAUUCGUUGUUGCACCACCACCUUUACUACCUACGGCGGUUGGUUCUCGUGUUUUCUUGCCCUCAGUCUUUAGAAAGGUGCAAAAUGUCUUUAGCUUUAACACAGAGAGUAAACUCAGCUGCAGUCUGUUAUCAGUCUUAAAGCUGGAAUCCACAUUAGGUGAAACAGCGCCACCGGUCGCCCCAGGCACAUUUGUUAUGAAAAGAGGAGAGGAGUUCAGAGAGAGAGAUAUCUAGCAUCUUGGUUUUAAAAAACUCUGCUGUUCUAUCGAGUGUUCAAUCAUAUCCGAAAUAACAUCUUUGUAAUAUCACAAACAGACAUGGCAGUUUGACCACUAUGGAUUCCAGCUUUAAACAUACAGUACUCACUCUCAUCUUUACAGUCACUUGCUAGUGGGUGGCAGGUAGCCUUGCAGCUAAGCAUGUUGUGCUAGUAACCGGAAGGUUGCUGGUUCAAAUCCCCGAGCUGACUAGGUAAAAAAUCUGUUGAUGUGCCCUUGAGCAAGGCACUUAACCCUAAUUUCUCCUGUAAAUGUAGUGUCUACAUUCUGAAAGAACCUGUGUGUAAAGGAUAUUAUCCAUAUCAGAGAAAGUAUCCCUUAUCACACUGCUGUACUUAUCUAAGAACUAAACUGCUGAAGCUUCAUCAUUGUUAUGUGCAGUUUUACUUUGUAUUAUGUUCAUUUAUUGACUCAUUUCAGAUGAUUCAGUCCCUCCCAAUGAAGAAUCUUUCAUUUUAUUGCGGGUAAUGUUUAUUAACAUGCAGGUGGUGUAUUGUCUUAUUCAUCUUUUGCUGUAUCCUCUAAAGUGUUUACUUUUAAAUCAUGAUUGAUCAAAGGCAACCUGUCAUUGAUGAGGGCUUUUAUAUUUACAUUAGUUUGAAGCAUAUCUUUUUUGCAUUCACUGACUGGGAGACCUAGUGGAAGGACUACAGGACUGACUCUAUCUUGCUACACAUGGAGGCACACCAUUCCAUAACACAUUACUAUACUUGAGUGUAUUGGACCACUAUCAAGCUUGUGAGAUCCUAAUAUAGGCCCCCUCUAACCCUUAUCUGUGUAAAACAAUACAUUUGGUAGACUGGCACAUCUAUUUCAUCUGAUACAACCAUUUCCCUGUUUUAUCCCCUGCAUACUGAUGAUGUCAACCAGAGGAGGCUGGUGGGAAGAGCUAUAGGCGGACCAGCCUACUCUGUUGUCAACCCUUUCCUCUGUGAAAAGGCCACACCUUUUGUGGACUAACGUGAGUUGUGGACUAACGUGAGCACUGACUGACCAGUAUAUAACUAAAGAGACUGUCCACUGUAUUUUCUGCUUUCUCUGGUGACUAUACCAAUGGCAGAAGCUGUGGCUGUGUAGUAUGUAUGUACUGUGUGUGUGUGUGUGUGUGUCUGUGUGUGUGAGAGAGAGAGAACCCCUAUAAGCUCCCUAGCUGACUGAAAUCUCUUGUCUAUCUGCUAACUUAGGGCAAUGUUAAAAUGCCAACCUCUCUCUAUAUAGUGGAUGAGUGUUGUUGAAACUGUUGUACGUGAGGAUGUGAUACGAUUUGGAUACAACUACUGUAUGUGUUUGCUUGUCGGCUGUAAAAGUAUUACUACUAAAAAUGUAAACCGUUUCUGUCAGUGGAGGCUGCUGAGGGGAGGAAGGCUCAUAACAAUGGCUGGAAUGGAGCAAAUGGAAUGGUAUCAACCACAUGGAAACCAUGUGUUUAAUGUAUUUGAUACCAUUCCACUUAUUCCCUCAAACCAUUACCAUGAGCCUGUCCUCCCCAAUUAAGGUGCCACCAACCUCCUGUGGUUUCUGUGUUUCUCUUUGUGGGUUCUGUUUACCCUUGAUAAAGUGAUAAGUGCAAUGCACAAAUAAAUAGAGAAGAUGAAAGUCAGAAACAACAAA